AUGCCACUCUCAUUUUAUGGAUUACUAGAAGCGAGUCUUUUGAUGCUUAAUGGUAUUGCUGUUUUGAAUCGUGAGAGAUUCUUGAAAAAGGUUUUUUCAUUUUCAUCCUUAAGUCAUAUAAAAUUUCAGCUUAUUUUCACGAGAUUUUUUUCAGUUCCACUGAUUGCAAUAAAUAUUCUCGUGAUUUUAUUCAAAUUAUUGGUUGGAUAG